UCUCUCCUUCGCCGUAUAUAGCUACUGGUCUCGCCUCUCUCUCUCUCUCUCUCUCUCUCUCUCUCUCUCCACACCGCUGCGGAGAUCAUCGGAGCUCUCUCUCUCUCUCUCUCUCUCAUAAAGCAAUGAUGGAGUUGGAUCCGAGGCAAUACGAGCACGUAGCAAUCAGCGAUGCUGAUGUGCGCAACAUUGUCCUGUCUUAUCUUAUUCACAACUGUUUCAAAGAGACGGCAGACGCUUUUCUCACUUCUACGGGGAUGAAGCAUCCUGUUGAUUACCUAGUAGACAUGGACAAGCGGAAAUCAAUUUUUCAUUUUGCCUUGGAAGGAAAUGCUCUCGAGGCCAUAGAGCUGACACAACAGCUAGCUCCAAACUUACUGGAGGCUAAUAUGGAUUUGCAUUUCGAUCUUUUAAGCCUUCACUUUAUUGAUCUUGUCCGCUCCAGAAAGUGCAAGGAAGCUCUCGAGUUUGGUCAGAAAAGUCUUACUCCAUUUGGAAAGGUGCAAAAGUAUGUAACGAAACUGGAGGAGUUUAUUGCUCUACUAGCUUAUGAGGAGCCUGAAAGGUCACCUAUGUUCCAACUACUGAGCCCAGAAUAUCGGCAGAACAUAGCAGAUAGCCUGAAUCGAGCUAUUCUUGCACAUGCUAAGCUUCCUGCCUAUUCUUCUCUGGAGAAGCUGAUACAGCAGAUAACUGUGGUUAGAGAAUACCUACAACAGGAGCUAGCCAAGGAUGCUCCCCCGCCAUUUUCUUUGAAGGCAUUUCUAAACAGCUGAAGCCACAGAAGAAGUGCUUAAUUUUCACCAUCAUAUCAUAUUGCCGGUAUAGUAUUUGUUCUUAAUAUUUCCACGAUAUUUGGUUGCAAUACAAGGUUCAAUCCUACAGAAAAUGAUUGCAGAAGCAUCAGCCACGUAAACGCUUACACAUGAUUAAACAGUUUCUCAAUCAUGCUUUACUGCGGUAAGAAUUUUCUUGUCUAAUUUUAUGGAAGUAUCUGGUGUUGUAUGUUGUUGUUCAGUGCAUGCAGUAAUGUCUUUUUUCCUUUGUUUCCUUUUUCUUAUGAUGUUGUUGUUUUUCUCAUAUGUGGCUAAGUUAUUUGUACAUAAGAAAACAUGAAGGGUAGUUUUCUAUAUGCAGUUCCAUUGAAUCUUAUAUGCAGUUUUAGUUACAGUGCUUUCUGAU